AUGACUAGGGCUAGACAAGCAAGUAUUCGUUCACAACAACAAUGGGAGAAAAUGCAACAAUUUAGACGAGGUGUUGCAGGUCAUGGAUCACAAUACGAUGCAGGUGGUAGUUUUGGUGCAGGGGGUAGUGGUCAAAGAUUGCCAAAAAGGUCAAGUAUUGCCAAUGUUUUUCGUCAAUCACAAUCCGUGCGUGAAACUGGUGGGAGUGGACGUAAUUGGAUAAAGGCCAAUGCUCCUGAAACAAGGUUGAGAGCAAUGGAUAUAGAACUCCAAAAGAGCAAGAGUACAAAGCAACGAAAAAUCUUUACAAUGAAUUUACAAAAGUUAAAAGAGAGAUUGGGACGGGCAGUGUCCAAGUUUAUACUCUAUAAUCGCAUUCCAUUCAAUGUAGUUGAUUCAGAGUAUACACAACCCAUGCUUGAUGUUGCUGCUGAAGUAGGGCCAGGAGUAAAAGGUCCUAGUGCUUAUGAAGUUUCUGAAGUAUAUUUGGGCAUGGAGCAUGAUGAAAUGACAGAAUGGAUAGCAUCAUUUAAGGGAAUUUGGGCAGAGAGAGGUGUAUCCAUCAUGUGUGAUGGUUGGAGCAGUCUAACUCGGCAACACAUCAUCAACUUCUUAGUGUACUGCAAUAGAGGAUAUUUUUUAAAUCCUCAAUUCCAAUAUGGUGUUACCUCAUCCAAUGAAAUGAUAAGAGAAGUGAUGGAUGGACUUAAAAAAGUAAUUACCAGACUGGAGCCUAAUAUGGAUGCUCAAGUGAAAGCAACAAAUCAAUUGUUGCUGUUUCGAGAUAAACAGGAAACUUUUGGUACUCCUUUAGCACAAAGAGCAUGGAAACAAUCAAAUCCAGCUGAGUGGUGGAUUAUUCAUGGCAGUUGUGCUCCUGAACUUCAAAAAAUAGCUGUGAAAGUAUUAAGUCAAACCACCACAUCAUCUCACUGUGAACGUAAUUGGAGUACUUUUUGUCUUAUCCAUACGAAGACGAGGAAUAGAUUGAAAUAUAAGAAAAUUCAAAGAUUAGUCUUCAUCACCUACAACAUGAGAUUAAAAUUAAGACACAUUAAAAGAAGCAGCCAAGAGGAGAUUGAUAGGAGUUUUAAUCCUAUUAACUUGGAUUACAUAUUUGAAGAAGAUGAUCCAAUAAAUCCAUGGAUAGAAGAAAGGGAAAAUCCUUUACUAGAUGGUGUGGAUAAUUCUGAAUGGCUACAUUUGGUCUCAGAUGAUGAUGGUGGUGGUGGCAAUGACAGCAAUGGCGAUGGCGGCGAUGGCAGCGAUGGAAACGAUGGUGGUGGCACCCAUAGAUAUCAAGCUCGAUGCACAUCUCAAAGCUCAACUCCUACUCCAACUCAAAGUGAUAAUAGUGGUGGUUUAACACCAUCUGAUGGAGGAGGUGAUAAUGGUGAUGGUGAAGGCACUUCUCACGGUGACGGUGGUGGUGGUGGCAGUGACAAUGGUGGUGAUGGCGGUGAUGGUACUAGUUUUGGUGCAGGAAGUGAAGAUUUUAUUGGAGGAUUUGGAUUAUGUGAUGUUGGGGAACAUUAUGAUAUUGGAGAACCUGUUGCACCUUUACCCCAACUACGUAGGAGGUUUCGUGGUAGUGAUACACGUAGGGAUGAAAGAAGAAUAAGAAGUAGAGAACAACAACUUGAUUCAUCUGAUAGUAGUCAUAGUUAUCCAUAUCAUCCUUACCCAUCCUAUAGCAGUGAUAGCCAGAGCUAUCCUUACCCACCUCAACAACAUUAUCCUUGGCCCCCUCAACAACGUGGUCCUCCAGGAUACGAUUUGCCAAAUUAUCAACAAGCCCAACAAGAAUAUGUUGAUCCUUUUCAGCCAAGGUAUCCAUUUUCUCUCCCAAUGCACGAAACAGAAAGGGAUGACAUGAUGAGCACAUUUACUUAUAUAUUUCCUACUGGAUGGGGUGAAGGUAGUAGUAAUCAAGCUCAACAAUCUGAUUCCCAAGAUGCACCACGUCACUCAUUUUGGUGGGGUGAAGGUAGCAGCAACAAUCAAGCUCAACAAUCUGAAUCCCAAGAUGCACCAAGUCACUCAUUUUGGUGGGGUGAAGGUAGCAGCAACAAUCAAGCUCAACAAUCUGAAUCCCAAGAUGCACCACGUCACUCAUUUUGCUGGUGACAUUAUGUAAUUUUA